GCUACUGCGCCUGCGUGUGGGAGACGCCUCUCCCAGUUUGCGGGCGGGAAACACCCUGGAGAACCCGGAUGGAACCCGGGCCUGGCUGAGGCGGAGGUUGUUGCGGAUGCUUCUCUCUCCAGGCGCACCGCAGAUUCCUGCUCAGGGGUCGGACCCGAGGAACCGCCGUCUCUACUGGUUCCGACGGCCAGAGGCUGGGCCCUAGGCUGAGCGGAGAGUGGGACUGGAGCCUGAAACGGGCGCCUAAAAGAAGCCCGAGCAUCCCAUAGGCCUGCGCCUCAGGCUUGGAGACGGGCGGGCGGAGACCGCGCAGAGUCUUUUUUUUUUCCUAGCAGCUGGCGUUCUUAUCUCACCCGGGAGGCUGUAAAAAUCUCCGUCCUUAACAGUAACACCAUCAGGUCCUAUCAGUUAAGAGCUGCUUGUUAUUUGCAUGCAUUCUUAUAAUUAAAUCUCCUAACAACCCUGUAAGCAAAAUUCUGUGGCAUCUCUGGAAUACUACCUGAGAAUUUUUGUGUGCCAUGUCGAAGAAACGCAAAUGGGAUGAUGACUAUGUUCGCUACUGGUUCACCUGUACAACGGAAGUAGAUGGAACUCAGCGCCCACAGUGUGUGUUGUGUAACUCAGUAUUUUCAAAUGCUGACCUCAGACCAUCAAAACUGUCAGACCAUUUUAACAGACAGCAUGGUGGUGUGGCUGGGCAUGAUCUCAAUAGCCUGAAGCAUAUGCCAACACCAUCUGAUCAGAGUGAAACCUUGAAAGCAUUUGGAGUUGCAUCUCAUGAGGAUACUUUAUUACAAGCAUCGUAUCAAUUUGCGUAUUUAUGUGCCAAGGAGAAGAAUCCUCAUACAGUAGCUGAAAAGUUAGUGAAACCCUGUGCACUGGAAAUAGCACAAAUAGUUUUGGGACCAGAUGCACAAAAGAAGCUUCAGCAGGUACCCUUAUCAGAUGACGUGAUCCAUUCUAGAAUUGAUGAAAUGAGCCAGGAUAUCUUACAGCAAGUUCUAGAAGAUAUCAAAGCCAGUCCUCUUAAAGUGGGUAUUCAGCUUGCUGAGACAACUGACAUGGAUGACUGCAGUCAGCUAAUGGCAUUUGUGCGCUAUAUAAAAGAAAGAGAGAUCGUAGAAGAAUUUCUCUUCUGUGAACCAUUGCAGCUAUCCAUGAAAGGAAUAGAUGUGUUCAAUCUCUUCAGAGACUUCUUUCUGAAGCAUAAGAUAGCACUUGAUGUAUGUGGCUCUGUUUGUACUGAUGGUGCCUCCUCUAUGCUAGGAGAAAAUUCCGAGUUUGUUGCCUACGUGAAAAAAGAGAUACCUCAUAUCGUAGUCACACAUUGUUUAUUGAAUCCUCAUGCACUUGUCAUAAAGACAUUGCCUACAAAACUGAGGGAUGCUCUGUUUACUGUGGUGAGGGUAAUAAAUUUCAUCAAAGGGAGAGCUCCAAAUCAUCGCCUAUUUCAGGCUUUCUUUGAAGAAAUUGGCAUAGAAUAUAGUGUCCUCCUUUUCCAUACUGAAAUGAGGUGGCUUUCCCGAGGCCAAAUACUUACUCACAUUUUUGAAAUGUAUGAAGAAAUAAAUCAGUUUCUUCACCACAAAAGCAGUAAUUUAGUUGAUGGCUUUGAAAAUAAAGAGUUUAAAAUUCACCUAGCAUACCUUGCAGAUUUAUUCAAACACUUAAAUGAACUCAGUGCAUCUAUGCAGAGGACUGGGAUGAACACAGUAUCAGCUAGAGAGAAGUUAUCUGCUUUUGUUAGGAAGUUUCCAUUUUGGCAAAAACGAAUUGAGAAAAGAAAUUUUACCAAUUUUCCUUUUCUUGAAGAAAUAAUUGUUUCAGAUAAUGAAGGCAUAUUCAUUGCAGCUGAAAUAACACUGCAUCUGCAACAAUUGAGCAACUUCUUCCAUGGAUAUUUUUCCAUUGGAGAUCUUAAUGAGGCAAGUAAAUGGAUAUUGGAUCCAUUUCUUUUUAAUAUCGAUUUUGUUGAUGAUAGUUAUUUAAUGAAAAAUGAUCUUGCUGAAUUACGAGCUAGUGGCCAAAUCCUAAUGGAAUUUGAGACAAUGAAGCUUGAGGAUUUCUGGUGUGCCCAAUUCACAGCGUUUCCAACCCUGGCAAAGACAGCUCUAGAAAUCCUUAUGCCAUUUGCAACUACAUACCUUUGUGAGUUGGGAUUUUCAUCACUUUUACAUUUCAAAACAAAGUCCAGAAGCUGCUUUAAUCUGAGUGAUGAUAUCCGUGUGGCUAUUUCAAAAAAAGUUCCUCGUUUCUCAGACAUCAUUGAACAAAAGCUACAGCUACAGCAGAAGUCACUGUAAGCUGAUAUACUUUUUUAAUGAAUAAUUUCAAUCUUAAUAUCAUUGUAAAAUUAAGCUGUAAUUCUGUCUCUUUCAUAUUUAUGAUAUACUGAAUUCUGUGUCUAAAAAACUUAAGAACUUUAAUUUUGAAUGAGGCAUGUGAAAAUAUGUUUUGAGAAUAAAAACACAAACAGCAGAAAA